AUGGCUAGGUUCAGCCUAGAUAUAGUUGUUCUUUCUGAAACGAAGAAGAAAGGGAGAGGAAGUGAACAUCUCGACAACUUCCUUCACUUCUGGUCUGGGAUAGAUAAGGCAAAACGAGCUCAAGCUGGAGUAUCGGUACUGAUUGCGAAAAUAAUAUCUAAAUUUUACAAGAAUUACAACGCUGUCAACGAAAGAAUAGUAACUGUCACCUUGACCAUUUUCGGAUUGGAAACCGUAAUAAUAGGUACUUAUGCGCCCACAGAUGAUUCAAACCAAGCGGAAAAAGACUCUUAUUAUGCUGCACUCUCAAAAGUCCUCACAGAAAUAAAACCGAGCCAGGAAGUCUUAAUCAUGGGAGACCUUAACGCAAGAAUUGGUAAGAAAGAAGAUAGUAAAGUGGUUGGAAAACACGGUGAGGACGUCCUUAAUGAUUCUGAGAGAGGUUAA